AUGGCCAGAGCCCCCCGGAGAGUGCACGUAGAGAGGAUCCUGAGGAGCGCUCCUCGUCAGGUCAGCUUCUCGAAGAGGCGGCAGGGCCUGUUCAAGAAGGUGUGCGAGCUCUCCGCGCUUUGCGGCACGGAAUCGGCAGUCCUCGUGAAGUCUCCAGGGAACAAGCUCUACUCCUUGGGGGAACCCGACGUCGACACCGUGGUGGACCGGUUCCUCGACUUCGUCGAUCGACGGGGCCCCGCGCAGGAAGCCCGGCCGGGGGCGGGGGAGCCGGCAGGCGCCGCCAUGGUGGCAGGAGGCGGGCAGAGGCGCCAGCAGGACAGGAGGCCCGUACGGGAGCAGGACCCAAGGAGGAUCGUCGUAGAGGAGCUAUAUCGUGUACUUCAACUGCAGGACACCUGGCUUGAGGCAGCCGAUGCAAGGCUGGAGGAGCUCAGAGCCGACAUCAGGGAGAAGCAGGCGCAGCUGCCGCACCGGUGGGCGGCUAAGGUGGAGGACCUCGAGCCGGCCGAGGCCGCGGAGAUGAUAGACGCUCUGCAGGUCCUAUCAUUGAGGGUGAGUCAGGUGCUCGAGGCAAGGCAGAUGCAAGAAGGGCCUCUGCCUGGCCAGGCCUCGUCUAGCAGCUACCCUCCAUCUCCAUCCAACCCCUGGGACCUCCCUCACGGAUCCAGGGUGAGUCAGGUGCUCGCGGCAAGGCAGAUGCAAGAAGGGCCUCUGCCUGGCCAGGCCUCGUCUAGCAGCUACCCUCCAUCUCCAUCCAACCCCUGGGACCUCCCUCACGGAUCCAGGGUGAGUCAGGUGCUCGCGGCAAGGCAGAUGCAAGAAGGGCCUCUGCCUGGCCAGGCCUCGUCUAGCAGCUACCCUCCAUCUCCAUCCAACCCCUGGGACCUCCCUCACGGAUCCAGGGUGAGUCAGGUGCUCGCGGCAAGGCAGAUGCAAGAAGGGCCUCUGCCUGGCCAGGCCUCGUCUAGCAGCUACCCUCCAUCUCCAUCCAACCCCUGGGACCUCCCUCACGGAUCCAGGGUGAGUCAGGUGCUCGCGGCAAGGCAGAUGCAAGAAGGGCCUCUGCCUGGCCAGACCUCAUCUAGCAGCUACCCUCCACCUCCAUCCAACCCCUGGGACCUCCCUCACGGAUCCAGGGUGAGUCAAGUGCUCGCUGCAAGGCAGGUCCAAGAAGGGCCUCUGCCUGGCCAGGCCUCGUCUAGCAGCUACCCUCCACCUCCAUCCAACCCCUGGGACCUCCCUCACGGAUCCAGGGUGAGCCAGGUGCUCGCUGCAAGGCAGGUGCAAGAAGGGCCUCCGUCUGGCCAGGCUUCGUCUAGCAGCUACCCUCCUCCACCUCCAUCCAACCCCUGGGACCUCCCUUACGGAUCCAUGGCAGUCGGCGCUGCUCCUAUGCCUGCCAUGGACGUCUUCCAGCCACCGCCUUUUGGGCCGUCGACAAGCACGGGUCACCUGUUCCCUUGGCUGGACGAUGAUCCAACGGGAGGGGCUUUCAUGGCCGGCGGCAGCCAGCUGUUCGGCCAGAUACCGCCAUCCACAGUCUUCCAGCAGCUCGGCGACAUGGGGGCUGGGAGCUCCUCCGGCUACCUGGCGCUUCCCCCUCCUCCUCUUCCUCCUCCUCCUCUAUUUGGAAUCCCCUACCCAUCUCGAAGAGAUGGAGAGGGCCCAUCGAGUGGUUCCGGCCCGCCGAAUCUCUACUGA